GGGAGCGUGCCACGCAGUGAGUCGGCGGCCGAUGAACGCGGUGCACUACGCCGGCCACGGGCACGGCGGCCACGGCAAGCAGGCGGCGGCCGCCGCCGCCGCCGCCGGCACCGAGCAGCAAAACGCGCAGCUGCUCUACGAGUUCCUCAAGGGCCUUCGCAACGACACCGUCGACUUUAAGAAGCCGCAUUUGCGUCUGUCGCUGGAGCACGUGUACCCGGCGUGCGUGGCGCUGUACCUGCUGCUGAGCGUGGUGGGCGCGGUGUCGAACGCGGCCGUGCUGCUGGCGCUGGCGCGGCGCCGGCGGCGGCGCCACGCGGCCGACCCGCUGCACGGGCUGCUGGCGAAUCUGGCCGCCAGCGACCUGGUCAAGUGCGUGUUCGUGCUGCCCGUCUCGCUGGCCGUGCUGCUCAUCCACAACUGGGUCUUCGGCGCCACCUUCUGCUACCUCCUUCCAAUGCUUCAGGACAUGCCGCUGCACGUGACGACCCUGACGCUGGUGAUGAUCGCGGUGGACCGGCACCGAAAGAUCCUGCAUCCGAUGCGCAAGCGCUUCUCUGGCGGCGUCUGCUCGUUCUUGGUCUGGCUGGCAGCCCUGCUCGUCGUCAUGCCCUACCCCAUCUACACCACCUACCUCGACCUUGGAAGUCUGCUGAAGAACGAUCGGUUCGACGGCGUCGGCAUCUGCGCAGUCAACUUGGCGCACGACAUGCAGGAGUACACGCGCGGACUCUUCCUCGCCAUGUACGUGGUGCCGGUGGCAAUCAUCACCUUCCUGCACAUCAACGUGUCGCGUGAGCUCAAGAGUCAGGCGGAAAUCCGGCCUCUGCCACCCCCACCGCCGCCCCCGGCCAUCAACGGGCACGGCGGGUGCGUGGGGGGCGGCGUGCAGUGCCGCGAGUGCUGCUCGGCGGCGGCCAACGCCGGCCUCGAGAUCGAUGUGACGACCGAGCAGCAGACGCAAAAGUACGUGCUAAUGACGACGGCCGCCAACGCACUCUGCCUCUGUCCCCUCGCAGUGCUCAGGAUGGUGCAGCUGCUGCUGAUGGAGACGUACGACAACGCGGCCAUGUUCGACCUGACCUUCCUGGUGGUCGUGUGGCUCGCCUUCCUGCCCACCUGCCUGGCGCCACUCAUCUUCGCCCUGUGGACCUCCGCAGCCUCCCGCCUCCCAGUUUAAUUCAAUUUUGUUCUUGACAAGACGAUCCAUGUUUCACUGUCUACUAAAUUAUGUAUUCAUUAUUUUGUAACUGGAAAAUACUCAAGGAAUCCGGAAAUUUAAAAAAAAAUGAGAUGAAAAAUUAAAAAAGCCGUUAUUUUGGCGGUUUUUUUGGUGAGAACCAAUCAAAGAGUGCCACGAGGGUGCUUGCGAUUAAUCAAGAAUCGACGUCAGCGACAGCUAGCGGAAUUCUCGCUUAAUUGUGCUGCCUGUCGCUGCGUCCAGGAGCCAAUCAGAGAAGAUGAGACCAUUCUCCUGAUUAGUUCAGAAGAAAAACCGCCAAAUUAACGGUUUUUACGAAUUUAAAUUGAACAGUGUUGUCUAUUCUCUUUAAAGACAAUCUUUGACGAAGUUUCUGAGUUCACCAAUCGAUUCCUGAGGGUCAAAUUAUAUAGAAUUGAUAUUUUUCCCGACCAAAAAGUCCAGCGCCGACGCCGACGUGCGAACUUUUUUCCCGCCAAAACAAUAUGAACGUAUUUCUGAGAACUGCGCAUGCGUGAGAGCUGGCAGAGAGACCACCCAUACGAAUGACUUCUUUGUUACAUCCAGCCAGCUCUCACGCGUGCGCACUGCUCGCGUUCAAAUUAUUUUGGCGGGAAAAAAGUUCUUAACGUCGCGCUGCACUUUUUUAACGGAAAAAACGUUAAUUUGACCUAAUUCGACCCUCAGGAAUCGAUUGGUGGGCUCAGAAACUUGGUCAAAGACGAUCUUCAAUUAUUUUUCUGCACAAAUCUACCGAAUUUUAAGAAAUGUUAUUCACGUUAUGACUGUUUUGUUUGAAUAUCGAAUUCAAUGUACUUACUCUUGAAGUAAUAUGCCCUUUGUGUGCGGAUUAAAGACACGGAUGAAUAUUUCGAUGUUGAAUGUGACAUCAAUGUGAAGAAAUGUAUUCGGAAAAAGAAAGGAAAUUGCAGUCAUUUCGCCGAUAAUGCUUUCCGAUUUUCCAUUUUGUUGUCGUGUUUCGGAAUUAAUAUGGAAACAGACCUUUUCUGCUUUUCGUGAUGCUUUGGAGACAGCUUUAUACGCGCCAACUCGCGCGAAUGCAUGCAGCGAUAUAUUGUUUGUUUUGUUUUUCCGUCAAAAUAGGAGAGAGUCAUCCCCGCGCGCGGACAAAGGAGAAAAUUUAAAUUUCUGCUUUUGUGUUUGUUCUCACUUUUUUCUCCUAAAAUAAUAAAUAUAUGUAUCAGGACAUCUCUGCAGCGGACCAAAAUUCUCACGGACAAAACUAACUGUGUUGUGUGUGAUAAAAGUUUGACGUGGAGAAGAGAAAAGUUUUUGACGAGUUUAUGCGAUGUUGUCAUAAUAAAAAUGGAGUUGUUGCAUGGAA